UCACACUGCGAACCGGUGUCAAAACAAAGUUGUUUAUAUUACGCGAUAAAAUUAAUAACAAAUUUAAUGCUAAAGUUAUAUAAAGUCUAUAUUAGAACAAUGUCUUCACAAAACAAACAAAGUAUGCCAUCUUUGUCAAGUAAAUUGGCUAAGUUUCAGAAAGUUGUAAAGCCGAAACUAAUUGUCAAUCAGGAAAUCAAGUUACAGGACAUCGAGGAUUUACCCGGCGGAUCAGCUGCACUUUACUUUUCCCCCAGACAAACACGCAAGCAACGUCAGUCAAACACUGCAGUACUCAAAACUGAUUUGCCCGCCAAAAAAGCUCGUCAAAUUGGGAAAGAAGAAGCGCCAAUAAAUUCAAAAGCCACAAAAACAAAAAUCGGCUCAGCGACAAUCGUAGAGUGCGAAGUAGUGCCAAAAUAUGAAUGUGAUAACAAAAUUGAUGUGAAUUCGAUUAAAGCAGAGAAAGAAAGCUUCAAAAUAGUGCCAAAAUUAGAGCACGUAGAUAAGAUUGAAGUAAGUUCAAUUAAAACUGAAUUGGAAAGUCCCAAAAAGGUCCCAAAAUGUGAGCCAGCUAACGGUAUUAAGACUGAGGUCGACAGCCCCAAUGCCAACUGGUGGCAACAGCUGGAGAAUGUGCGUCUGAUGCGCUCCGAGAGACCAGCUCCAGUUGAUACUCAGGGAUGCCAUCAAUGUGCCGACAAAAAUGCUGAUGAAAAGACGCAACGUUUCCACAAAUUGGUGGCUCUGAUGUUAUCCAGUCAGACCAAAGAUGAAACAACCUACGAAGCUAUGAAUCGCUUAAAAGCUCGAUCUCUAACACCUGCCAAUAUACAGCAAAUGCCUGUCGCUGAGUUAGAGAAAUUGCUGCACCCCGUGUCCUUCUACAAGAACAAAGCCAAGUACGUGAAGCAAACGGCGCAAAUAUUAAUUGAUAAAUACAACGAGGACAUACCGGACAAUAUUAAGGAGCUCCUCAAGCUGCCAGGAGUUGGACCGAAAAUGGCACACAUUUGCAUGGCAACUGCCUGGAAUCAGAUCACUGGAAUUGGCGUAGACACGCAUGUGCAUCGCAUUUGCAACCGCCUCGCCUGGCUUAAGAAACCCACCAAGGAGCCAGAGCAGACGCGUGUGCAGCUGGAAAGUUGGCUACCACAGGAGCUUUGGGCCGAGGUUAAUCAUCUCUUUGUAGGCUUUGGACAGACCAUUUGCACUCCGCUUCGACCCAAUUGCGAAGGAUGUCUUAAUCGCGACAUUUGUGCGGCGUCAACUGCAGCUAAGAAAAAAUAAAAAAAAAAACAGAUGAAUAAGUAAGUUAGUAAUAUUGAAGUUGAAUAUUAUAAACUGAAAUGGAAGCCAAGGCAAAGCAAGUUUUCUAAGGACCUGCAAUUGUAAUAAGAUUAAGAUCUGCUUGAUAUAUGUUAAUAUCGGGUUCGGAUAUUUUUCGAUUUUUGAAGCUUAGUAGCAUUUAUUUCUCAUAUCGCGAAAUAAUUAUGAAUAUACAGCAUGUUUUGUGUACAUAUGUUAGAUUGAGUUAACUAAUGCAUCAUCCAAAAAGAUAUGCGCAUGUCAGCCUAAUAUUCUUUGUUCAAAAUAUACCUUUUCAGGAAAAACUUUUGAUUUUUUAAGCCUGUAAAUUGAAAAUCUCAGUAUUAUUGGAGUCGACUUAUGCUCUCUCUAAAAAUAUGUUAAUUGUCCCCUUGAAUUUAAAGUUGAACUCAAAACAUGAAUUACAAUAUUAAAGAAAACUAAUGCCUAAUUCAUUAAGAAAUUGCCAUAUUGAACU